AUAAUUUGGAGUUGAGUUUAGGUUUGUCUUGUUCUUUUCAUUUGAUUUGAUUGGUAGUGCACCUGAUUGUGGUACUGGGCCGGAGGACUUGUUGGUGAAGGGCCUGUGAGGCACUAUGAGUGGAGAAGAAGAUCCUGAACAGAUGCGCCGAUGCAUCCCAGAGAUCUUGGAUCUCGUCUUCCGUCUGAGCGAUGGGGCAUGGAAUACGUUGAUGUACGUAUCGCAUGAGGUGUCUCCGCUGCAGUUAGUAGCGCUCAGCACUAACGCCGUGGUCUCUGCAGCAAGGUCUGUCCUGCAGAGAUGCAUGCAGACUCUGAUUGGAGCAGCUGGGGCAGAAACAGCGCUCCUGGACAAAGAGAAGCUGAUUGAAAGAUCUGAGUCUGUGAGUCUGUCUGGCCUGUCUACCAGCACUGACUCCACCGGACCUUCGUCCUCAACCUCAGCUGAACGAUCUUCUGUGGACCAGUCAGACUGUAUAUGUGACAGUGUUGAGGAUUUCUUAAGGGAGGUGAUGGAAAAGUCCAUCUGCAAGUUCACCUCCUCAAAAACAUCUCCACUGCCUGGGAACUGGAAGACAACCAACAGUCUUCUAGCUAAAGAGAGACAUAUUCUGGAGGAACUGAAAGACAGAGCUGACCAUUCAUCACAGACUCCAGAGUCUUUGGCGGUCCAACCCAUCCGCAGUGCUACAUUGAGGGAAACAACAGCCAACCAUGUUUCCCAAAGAGGUGAUCUCACCAUCUGCACUAGAGAUGUCAGUGGUGGGAUCAGACGUCUUCACUAUCCAACAGCUUCCCGUGCCGUCUGGAACAUUCCGGCACUGAACGCUGGGAGUGCCAUGUUGAUCCGGUCACCACGCUGGACAGUGUCUCAAAUUUUCCAGCUUCACUUCGACUCCUGUACGGAUACAGUUACCAUGAGAGUUGUGGAGAUUCACAAAAGUGAGCUGCUUCUGCCCAGCUCCUCUAAAGUGUCUCUCCUCAUCUCUAUAUUCCUUCAAACUCUGCCUACAGUCGAAGUCACGACAGUUAAGCCUCAGAGCUUCAUUACUGAGGCUGGUCAGGCAGCAAGUGGAGCCACUGGCCAUGAGGAGGGCAUCGUUUUUGAGGAGCUUGAUUCUGCAGAAUCCUCAGAUGAAACUGCCCCAUCAGCUUCACUGAUGGCUCUUGACCAAGAUGUGCAAAGAGCAAGUACAAGUGUUGAAGCCCAGGAGAAAACCUCAACCAUGGCUUUGAGUCUGACAUGCAGAACCUCUGGGGAGAUGGAGGAUCCUCUGGCAUUGCUCGUGAAUUCUGAGCAAGCCGAAUCUGAGAGGAUCAAUGAUGUCUCUGUAUGUGACGUCACGUCUCCUGAGGUUGUGAGAAAGAGGAGCCGUGGAUGUCAUUUCUUUGCGGGCAGAAAAGCUUUUAUCAGCUUUGGACAAAAGAGAGAAUCGACGGUGGCGCCCUUCAAGAAGACGAGGAAGCGUCUGUCACGAAUGUUCUCAGCUGUCUGCAAAGCCCUGCCCAACCCCUUCUCAUGCAUGUCUCCACCAUCUUAAGACCUGCUUAUCAAGCUGCUUUGGUGACUCUUCCAAUGAGUCCUGUAAUCAUAAUGUACCCAAAAUGCAUUUAUAAUGUGCCGUAUGGUCUGCAUAACAUCGUAUAACACCAGGCAUAAACCUCUAUUAACUUCGACAUAGUUAUAUUUACACACAGGACACUUUAUAAAUCAAGAGUGUAUGACGUCAGAAAUUUCAGAUCCAUAAUGCAAAGAAAUCAUACCAGAACGUGACAAUCUUUAAGUGCUGUCGGCUGUGGUUUACUGUUCGUCUCCACUGGCUAACAGAGCUGAGCUGCUACUGAUUUAGCCUUGGUUGCUAAAUGCUAACAGUCUAGCACCAGCUGGCCUGACAUUACAGUUUCUGGACAGUUCAACACAAACAAAGUCCAUCCAACCCAAACUGCAUAUAAAAGGUUCUGAUGUCUAAAAAAUAAAUCCUUAUUAAUUUCAAACUGGCGCAGUGCCAGUUCCACCAAAAAUCAGCCCUUACUCUCCGACUCUGCAGAACCGUGCUCUAGACCCAGCAAACGUUUAUGAAGGCCUGGCUCUGCAGAACGUAUACAAGAACCUUGUCAUGGUAUCAUAUGACGUAGAACAUCGUUCAUGUUUACAGUGUUCUGAUGAACAGACGUCAUAAGAGUCCUGACUUUAUUAGGUUUAAACUCUUAUUUUAUAAAGUGCUGUGUGUAAAUGGAACUAUGAAGUGUCUGAAAUUUGGGAGGAGGGCGGAUCCCAAAACCCCUCCUCCUUCCAGUCUAACACCUUAUGAAUGUCCAGUCCUACCUUCCGGUUCCGAUGACUGAGCCGUCAGGCUCUACAGUCUGGCGUCGACCCGAGGAGGACGGGUUCCCCUGCUGAGUCCUGGUGCCUCUCAAGGUUUCUUCCUCAGGUCAGGGAGUUUUUUCUUGCCGCUGUCGCCCUCGGCUUGACCAUCAGGGGUUCAGACCCAGAUGUCUGGUUGAACACAGCUGCGUCACCAUCCGGCUAUUCAACCCGAACUGAAUUUUAAGUGCAGCACAAUGAGGUUAUAAAUGCCAGAGAAAUACCUUAUAAAUGCAUUAUAAAGCAUUAUGUCUUCAG